AUGGCUGCUCAAAACACCUUCAAGUUCGAACGUAUCAACAAGGACGAUGUCGCGCUGCUUGUCAUCGAUCACCAAGUCGGGCUUUUCCAACUCACUCGCGACAUCCAAGCAGAUCAAUUCCGAAACAAUGUCCUCGCCCAUGCCGAAUUGGCCAAGGUUUUCAACCUCCCAACUGUGCUCACCACCAGCGCGGAGACUGGACCCAACGGCCCACUUCCCAAGGAAAUCCUCGACAUGCAUCCUAAUGCCCCGCUCAUCAAGCGUAAUGGUGAGGUCGAUGCAUGGGACAACGAGGAUUUCCGCAAGGCCGUGAAGGCCACAGGAAAGAAACAGGUUAUUAUCGCGGGUAUUACCACUGAUGUUUGCACUGCAUUCCUUGCAUUGUCCCUUCGCGCUGAGGGAUACACCGUCUUUGCCAACGCGGAAGCAUCUGGGGCGCUAAGUAAACGUAUUGCAGACGACGCGAAUGCCAGGAUGAGAGCGGCCGGAGUCCAUGUAUUGUCCAUGUUCGCUAUCAUGAGCGACCUCAUGAGGGAUUGGAGAAACACACCUGGGUCGACGCAGCUCCUCCCAUUUCUCGAUAAAUAUCUCGCGGUAUAUGGCUACCUCGCGCGAGGCCACGCAGCAGCCGUUGACAGGGGUACCAUUCUUCCAGGAGAAUCUGAAUGA